UUUUCCAUGUUUAACAAAGAUCGAAAUUCGAGUUCUUGGACUUAAUAAUUAUUGCAUACCAGUUAUCGAUACUUUUCUUGCGGGUUUUAGAAAACUACGUUUCAUGAUCGUAGAAAUUGUUCAUAAUGGUUUACCAGAUGUUCCUAUUUCACGAAACUAUAUCAUAGAAAAACGGCGUCAAUCAUUUGGUUUAAAUAGAAAUGAUGAAUACAAAGUUAAUGUAAUACUUGGAGAUGAUGAUUUGCGUAUUUGGAUUCCAUGA